AUGCCCAUAAAAGUAAAGGUCGAGUUUCUCGGCGGCUUGGAUGUGAUAUCUUCCUCAGUGAAAGAGCACAAGGUGAAUUUACCAUAUGAGGAAGGCGAAGCCACGAUGAAAGAGGCUCUUGAUUAUAUUACUCAUCAUUUAAUAACUGAUCCUAAAGAUAUACCUGUUUUUAUCGAAGAUGAUACUGUGCGCGCAGGGAUAUUAGUCUUGAUAAAUGAUACAGACUGGGAAUUAGAAGGAAAAGAAGAAUAUCUCGUUGAGAAUGGCGACGUCUUGACAUUUACAAGUACCCUCCAUGGUGGUUAA